AUUUCGUGAGACUGCCGUUUAAAUUCUCAGAAAAUAAGACCGUGUUUUUUUCUAAAUUCAUUUUCAAGGUGUUGGUUACUGUGUGCAUUUCAAUUACCAUCAACGCUUCACAAGUUUGGCUUUAUGCCUGUUUUAAUGAGCCCUGUUCGAAUCAUCGUUAAUUUUACACAAAUAACGACCAAUUUGAUUUCGGAUUUCAGUUCUUUUCUAAACAAAUCUAACGUCUGUUCCUAAUCAUAAAUUGUAAAUCAAAGUCUAAUUAUAGCAUUAAAUCAAACGUUUACGUUAUAGUUUUCACAAUUGAAGCAUGUCAUUUGGUGUAUAAUCGAUUUACAAAUGUCGCGAUUUUUAAUUUUUGACACAAAAUUGACAUACUCGAUAGAGAAGUGAAGGAUUAAAACGAACCAAACACAAAUAAUAAGCCAGCAACACUUUUUGAACUAAUUGUUGAUUUAAGAUACACCAUUUCUGAAUUUCAAUCGAAGAUUGUUAAACGUUUUGAAUAAGCUUUGAUACGGAUGAAUCAAACCAUCGAUAUGUUUCUAAAUGAAUCUCUUCUAACUGAAGUGAACAUUAAAUAAACUGAACUGCACAAAGACCAAAAUGAAUAAAUAAAGCUGUGUUCUAUGCUUUCUCUCACUUUUGGCACAAACAACAGUGUUGUUACAAUACGUCACAGUUUUUUCUAAUAAAAUUGUUUUUCUUUUUGGCAUGCGACGCGCUAAAAUACAUUUAGAAGUACUGCGAAGCAUUGUCCAUUAGAGUAAAUUGAAAAAUAAUUGAACAUUGAAAUCAAUGCAUACAUCACUCCCUAAAAUAACUCGUUUAGGUUAGAAAACGAAAUGCGCUUUACUUCCAAUCAAGAUAUUUCCUGGAAUGCAGUUCGCAUCAACAGGAAAUAAGACGUAUUUCACACCAUAAGGAAAUGAUAGAAAAUAAUUAAAACAAAGUCAAGAUCGUUUGUAUGGGUAUGUGUGCCUGGUGACUGUAUUGGGCGUCCAAUUGCAUUUCAUGCACCGAACGUGAAUGCAUGCCAGAGAGAAAAGAAGAAAAGAAGCCUUGACCCCGUGCGCGCGAUUGAAGAGAAUCGCAAAGAACACUUUGUAUUACUUAUAUUUGAUUUCAAUCAGUUCCAUUGCUCGAUAAAUGGGUUCAAUCAGCUUCAAUCAAUUCGUUACGUGCCGUAUUUUCGAAUCAAUUGUUCUAAUCAGUUCACUGGUGCGCGCGUUGUAUCUAUUUCGAAGCAACCACCAAGAAAAAAGACCCAUACACAUAAAUAACUAACACCUGCGUGUUUAGCAGAAUUACAAGAAUAGAAUAAAAUAAAGAUAAACAACAGAAAUCAGUUCGAAUCGUACAAACAUUUCAGCAAGAUUUGUGCCGAAUUCAUCUUUUCUCGAAAAACGCUGAAAGACAUCUUGGCAUAUCGCUGUAUUAUUUUUUUUUUCAUUGAACAUAUUUGGAAGACACGUUUUUACCGUAGCAAUUGUGGGAAAUUAUUGACGCUUCACAUGAAAAUACAAAUUAUUAAUAAAGUGGGUUUGCCUUAAUUUAUCAUCCAAGCGAUCUGAGUAGCAAUUAUAAAACCUGAAGACUUCAACUUUAUUAAAUUUGAUAAACGACCCUUCGGUCAAAAAUGAGCUUGGACGGUUACGGUAAUAUCGCUUUCCUGGAUGAUAACGGGAAAAGGUUAAAUCUUAUCGACAAUUAUCACAAAAAUGAAUUGAUGAAUAUAGAAGUGGCGGAGAAACCACCCAAAGAUGAAGACUAUGAUCCAUAUAUGCACCGAAAAGUCGAGCAUCCAAUAUCAAACACCGACACAAUCAUCCAUUUGCUUAAGAGUUCAUUUGGCACUGGAAUACUUGCGAUACCAAAAGCAUUUUAUCAUGCCGGUUGGCUUCUUGGCUCAAUUUCAACCGUUGUGUUAGGAUUGGUUGCAAUUUAUUGUAUUCAGAUAUUACUAAAAGUGCACUAUGAACUCUGCAAACGAAAUAAGGUACCAUGCAUGGAUUAUCCAAAUAUCAUGUCAAAUGCGUUGCUUGAAGGACCAAAGUGGCUUCACCGAUUCGCCCCGUACAUUGUGCACGUAACGAAUUUCUUCAUUUUGGUGUAUCAAUUGGGCAUUUGCUGCGUUUACAUCGUGUUCAUCGGCGACAAUAUCAAAUCGAUCGUUGACCAUUUUACGCAAAGUAACACCGACGUACGUAUUUAUAUGUUGAUGGUAUUAUUGCCCAUCAUCUUUAUAAACUGGGUGCGAAAUUUGAAGUAUUUAGCACCGUUCUCGACGAUUGCAAACGCAAUUACCAUUCUGUCAUUCGUUAUAAUAUGUUAUUUUAUGUUCCGUGAACCGAUCUCUCUUGAAGGUCGAAGGCCCGUAGGCCCCAUUUCCGAAUUCCCAUUGUUCUUCGGCACCGUUUUGUUUUCAAUGGAAGCAAUUGGUGUGAUAAUGCCAUUGGAAAAUGAAAUGAAAACACCGAAAUCUUUUGUUGGCCUGACGGGCGUGCUUAACAGAGCCUUUGCAAUCAUCGUUAUCAUGUACAUUGGAAUGGGUCUCUUUGGCUACUUGAAAUAUGGUGAUGCUGUGGAAGCAUCAAUCACACUGAACCUGGAGACAAAUAGUGAUAUUGAUGUGAUCCUUGCCCAAUCCGUGAAAGGAAUGCUAGCCUUUGGUAUAUUUAUUACCCAUGGCGUAGCAUGCUAUGUUGCAAUCGAUUUAACGUGGAACAAAUACGUAGUUAACAUAAUCACAAACGAUCGCUACAAACUGUUGUGGGAGUAUGUUGUGCGCACUGUGCUUGUUCUGAUUACUUUUCUGUUGGCUGUCGCAAUUCCAAAAUUGGACUUGUUUAUCUCGUUGUUUGGCGCCUUCUGUUUGUCGAUGCUUGGGCUCGCGUUCCCAGCGCUAAUCGAAACUUGUGUGUUCUUGAAAGAGAAAACUGGCGUGGCCAGAGCGACAAUGAUCGCAAAAAAUGCAAUAAUUGGCUUUUUUGGUUUGUGUGCACUCAUCAUUGGAACAUCAACCAGUGUACUAGCUAUCAUAGAUUCGUUUGCCCAAGAAUGAACGUUAUUACGCUCAAGUAAUUUCGUAUUUGGCCGAUUCCAUAUCGUCCGGGACUUGAGCAAGUUUAUCAGCAAUUGUCAACACGUUCUCAAAGUGAAAAACUUACGUUUAACCAAUUGAUUGAACAAUUCAAAAGAGAAAAACUUUGAUGCAAUCAAAGCACAGGGAUAGUUAUGAAUUUAAUAAAAAAUCAUGAUAAAUGUUAGGCAAAAGUAUUCAAAGUUGCGAUAAGUUUUAACUUAAUGAUUUAUAUAAUAUAUAACAGUGUGUAUUGUAUAGUAUCCUAUAAAUAUUGUUUUGAUAGUCGCUAAUGUGGUCAUCAUUAAAUUGUUAUGAUCAAAUUGAAAA